AUGAACGCAGAGCAAAAGGCUCGAAUAGAAGCCAACAGACGAAGAGCUUUGGAAAGACUGAAAAGUCGAGGAAUCAUCAGAGAUGAACAGGCUCAGCAGAUUGAAAGCCGCAAUGAACCACGUCCCAAACGUGCUUUGAAUGAGACUCCCGAAGUUGACUCCACAAUCGCCGAAAACCGAGCCAAAGCCAUGAAGCUCUACACGCAUCACCAACAAAACCUUCGAGAUGCGUCUCUUGGAGCGAACCCGUCAGUAGAGCUCGAUCGAUCAACCAGUAGCAAGAGACCGUUGGAUAGAAUACGGCCCACGGUUCGCAAACAGGAUUACAUCGAAUAUGACUUGGCCACGAUGAAAAACUCGCACGGUGGGUUCAUUAAUACAGACGAAGAACCCAACAGCGGUGAGGGAAAGAAAAACCAGUCGCUGGAAGAAUGGAAAAAGGCACAACAAGAACGUAGGGCGCUUUAUGAAGAUGCAGAGCCCCCGGAACAUCCCUCACUGGCUCCAAAAUGUACAGAAUGCGAAAUAAAUACUGAGUUGGAUCCUCUCAUGCAUGACGUCUUUAAACUUCAGGUUUGCAAAGCUUGCGUCAAAGGCCAUCCAGAAAAGUUCUCACUUUUGACAAAAACCGAGUGCAAAGAGGAUUAUUUCUUGACCGACCCGGAACUCAACGAUGUUACGCUUUUCCACCGCUUCGAAAAGCCAAAUCCUCACUCUGGAACUUUCGCUCGAAUGCAGCUAUUUGUGCGUUGUCAGGUUGAGACGUUUGCGUAUAACAAGUGGGGCAGCGCUGAGGGACUAGAUGGGGAAUGGCAAAGACGUGAAGAGGGGAAAGCUCAGCGGCGUGAAAAGAAGUAUAAAGAGAAAAUGAAGCAAAUGCGGAUUAAAACUAGGGCACAGGAGUACACAAGGAAAUUGCUCGAUCGCAAACAUGGUAAAGAACAUGUACAUGAAUUUUCUGCUGCCGUUGACGGAGGUUGUAAUGAAGAUGGCUUGCAUAUCCUCAAACGCAGGUGUCAAACUUGCGGUAUGGAAACAGAGGAGAUUGCAUUAUAA